AUGAGGUACUGGACGAAAUGGAACGAUCGUUCACGUUGUCGCACUCAAUCAAACGAUGUCGGAGUCUCUCACAAAUCGAAAAUGAUCUCAAUUCGGAAUCGCCUAGCAGAAGGUUGUUCAAGGAAGAACAACAAAGUGCUAUCGCAGAAAGUCUACCGCGGGAGAUUGAGCCUAGGAAAAGGAGGUGCCGCAGGAAGAAUCAGUCGUCGUCGAUCGAAAAAUAGUCACCAAUUUUUAAAUGUUGAUGGCGAUGACGAUGAUUAUUAUUGGGACGGUAGUAAUGACUCGGAUCUGCCUCGGCCGUCAUCGUCAUCGACUUUUCGGUGUCUAGCUGUUAUUGAACGUGCGUCCUCAAGUUCUAGUUCGGGAAAUGAAGCACAGAAAAGUUCUUUGAAUGAGUCUGUGCUAUCACAAGUGGCCGAAAAUGAGAGAGAUAAUUUGUACCGCGAUCUCGACAAUUUUUUAUGUGCCGACAGGUAUGUGUCGAAUAAAUUGACAAUGGCUAAAACUCCAGGGAGAACUGAUCAGGUUUUUACAAUCGGUUCGAAAAAGAAACUACAUCGUUAUGGUGAUGUGUUAUGGCUUAUAUUACGAGCUUAUUUCAGUGGGCGAGAAGUCUGUGGAGGGCAGGACGCGACAUUUGAAGUUGAUGCAUUGGUAUGCUCGAAACGAGAGCAACGCAGUCGUGUUCUUGACGAAAUUAUGAGUUAUGAGGCGAUUCCUCUGAAGGAAGGAUACGAACGCCUCGAAAUGACCUACAUGACACAUCUUCAAAAAACCAGGAGAGAAGUGAAUGAACUACUAGAAGAGUACGGAAGAUACCAAGCCCUAUAUCCCCAUUCAAAAGCAAUGAUCGAUGAUUGUAAUGCACGCAAAGGCACAACAUUCACCAAGCAACUACUGGAAAAAGUGACGUUACUUACUGUGUGGCUUAAUACGGUAGAGGACCUCACGUCAAAAAUUACUCAGCUUGGAACUGUAUUUGAAGUCAGUCGGCUGCCUGAUGCAGAUAAAUUGUGGCCACGCCCUCUCCACAGUCAGUCCUGGACCGUAGGAUUACGAGAUGCGCGCCCGGUGUUUGCAGCAUUUGUGAAGAGAAGUCUUCAUGUCAAGGGGAUGAAGAGAUUGGUAACUAGAGUCUGGGAGCUGUGUGAGACGACAGUGAUGAAAACUGCCAUACUGCUUCAAUCGCCUAUUGCCAGCUAUGCUCAUGCUGCAUCACGUCAAAGGACUAUGCUUAGAUUGACAGCAGAACAAAUGGAGAGGUACAGCGAUAUGUUCAACUAUACACUAACGAGUGAAAAGGCACAAGCUAUUCACCUGCCCUCUGUUGGCCCAAUGUUCAUAUUUGUCCUUGGUGUUCGCCUCGAAUUAGCGAGAGAAUGGCUUAGUGUUAGAUCGAAGUGGAGUAUUCCGGCUGGAGCCGAAAUGGAUAGACUCACUUUGGAAACGCUAAUUGAAGAUUGCCGGGAUUGUGUCGAAGAAGCUGUUCAUGUCAAACAGUUCUUCCUCGACGUUAUCCAGUCUAUCUGUCCAGAAGGUCACAAAGGAAAGCUUUGCACUGCAGAUUUCGAUGAAACCUUAAAAGAUGUUUUUGAGAAAUACCUCGGCUACGUGGAGAGAUGGUGCGAUACCAUUGCUCAAAAUGGUGAUCUUGGAAGAUUGUUUUCAAGGCUCGAACGAGAAUGGAAAACCACUGUUCAGUGCGCUCGACAUAUUCACACUGGUUUGGAUAUACUAGCGUCAUCUUUUUGCACAUUCCUGCCACACUUGUUGGAUGUUCUUGUUGUUUCCUUUUGGGAAACAAAUAUGGAUCGCAUAGGGGUUAAACAUGGUAUUCGUGAACUGGAUGAGGAUGCAGACAACGGCUAUGAUAGUCAAAGUCACGAACAAAUCACAGGAUUUGAUGCAUUUCGCUCGUAUAAUAGUGUGAUUCGAGAGGUUAAAGAGCGUUCUGCAAGACUUGUCGGUUUGCUUCGUGGUGCUUUGUUGGAUCUCCACGAUGCAGCUGGAUACAUGAUGCGGCAAUCGAUAGAAGUUGUAGCAGCAGCACUUAGGGCCGAGCAUUGUCUGGUCGAUUUUGGCGAAACGUCAGUGGCCGUUUCUGUGCUGGUUGACUCGACAAGUGCUGAUAAAGCUCUUUCGCAGGAUUUAGUGACAGCUCUAGCUGAAGGGCGAAAACCCGACAGUGGACACAUCAUUGUGCUGCCGACACAACACUCCAGAUGGAUGUGCAACUAUAGACGUGUCAAGCUAACCCUUGAAGAGAAUGUAAUGGAAAACAUUCAUUAUCUUAGAACAGACGUUGUUUGUGUGGUUGGACAAGACUACCGGCUGGAGAAGAAAUUUCCUGGAGUAUUUGAACUUGUGAUGUCGUCUUGUUCUUCGCAUCAUAAUGUUGACAGAGAAUUGAAGCAACUGGCAGCAACAUUCCUGGAUCUGUCGGACAUUCUUUCACAAGGUAUAGCAGCACUUUGCAGCGAUGUUCGCCGAACGUAUGAUACAUUGAAAAUGCGAGAUUACGUGCAUUCUACUCUUAUUCAUGCCUUUAACUUUGCCUUUCAACUACAUCGUGAUGUUUGUCGAUAUGUUAGUGAUUCGUACAUAACCGAAUUUGGAGAAGAAUUGGCAGUACGUGGACUGAAUGUUAUACAUCAGUGGAAAGUGCUCGUGAGCGUUAUGCAACCACAACCAUCUCCGCACAUUCCAUUAUGGGCUAGCCAAGCGUUCAACUUCAUCCAUUUUCUUACCGAUCCAAAAUACACACAGUACUUGUCGGAUGACGAAUUCCAUCUUCUCAAGGAGGAUGUGGAGGAGUGCAAAAGAUUGAUUUUGGGAGACAAAGACAGUAUAGUAAUACCUGUGCCAAGAAGUCGCAGUUCAACUUUAAAUUCUCCCAGAACUCCAGAUAGCUUGGCUUCAAAAAUGGCCAAUGUUGCCAUGGUGUCGCGCAGAGCGAAACUAGCAGCAGCAGCUUUAGAUACUGACAAAAUGGUAGCAAAGCGGACGACAUAUCCACUUGGACGCGUAGUUGCUUUGAAGCGUGAGGAGUUCAAAGUCGAAAACUACGCGGAUCCGUCGAAGACAGUACCGUUCAGGUACCAGCUUUUAGAGAGGAUUGGUGGCGGUAGCUUUGGUACGGUGUAUAAAGCUCUUAAUGUGGAUGCACAAUGUGUGAUCGCGGUUAAGAAGAUCAGAGUGGAGCGAGGAGUUCUAAAGAUUCUGCAAGGUGAAGUCGACAUAUUUCGUAAUCUUAACCACAAAAACCUCGUAAAGUACUAUGGUUGUGAAGUUCAUCAGGAUGAAGUGCUAAUAAUGAUGGAGUACUGCUCGGAGGGAACGCUGGAAAGGAUAUGUCGCGAAGGACUUGAUGAGGAAUUAGUCAGACGAUACACGAACAGCCUGCUCCGAGCGGUUGCCUACAUUCACAGUCAGAAGGUUGUACACCGCGAUAUAAAACCAGCGAAUAUCUUCUUGGACCUACAUUGUGUGCUGAAACUUGGUGAUUUUGGUUGUUCUGUGCGAUUGCGGGAUCAAGCGACUAUUUAUGGAGAAAUAGCUGAGUAUGCAGGGACAGUACAAUACAUGGCUCCAGAAGUGUUAACCUAUGGUGGAAAGGCUGAGGAUGGGCGCUAUCGCGGCUACGGCAGAGCUGUAGAUAUCUGGAGCAUAGGAUGUGUUGUGUUACAAAUGACCACUGGUCGUGCCCCGUGGCCUGAAAUGCAUCCAUUACAAAUCACAAUGCGGGUGUGCCAGGGCGGGCUGCCUGCUUACCCGCUACCAAUUGGACCUCUUCUGAAGCACUUCUUGGACAUGUGUUUUGUUUUCGAUCCUGAUAAAAGAAAAUCAGCAGAACAACUUUUGCUACAUCCGUUCGCGAACUUACACGUUGAUUCGGACUCUGUUUUGCAGUCAGUCACGGAAUCUGAGCGCCAUUCAGAUGACACGCUCGAUCCGACCUCUGCGAGCCGCCACAAUGAUAGUGAUAGCAGUAUUAGAAGUUGUAGUAACCAUGGGUAG